AUGGAAACUCAAGAUUUUGAUAUGCAUCAAUCACCUUCUUCUGUCACCAAGACUCUCUCACGAGAUUCAUCGGUUGGUCAAUCUUCAUGUAUCUAUUACCGAAAUACCAACAAUGAAGGGGUACCUUUCGAUUGGGAAAUGCAACCAGGAACACCAAAACAUCGACCACGAGAAGAGGUCAUUCCACCUCCAACACCACCACCAGCAAUGCAAAGCUUGGCAUUUUCUCGGCCUAAUGUUGAUCUUUAUGGCGAGUCUAGGGAAUCAACGUCUUGGCGGUUUUUUUGGAAGAAAAGAUUGAGCAGGAUCAUUCAAAGGGUACGUUAA